AUGGAUUCCUAUAUUGUUGUUAUUGGAAAUGGACGUUCUGUCAAAGUAACUGCAGAAAAUGAUGGAACAGUGAGCGAAACAACUCUGAGAGGAGCAUUCCUACUUGAGAAUGACAAACCAAUUGGUUUGUAUCGAGAUACAAUAGCUUUAACUAGGUGUCGCAGACAAGAAAAUGACUAUUUUUUUAAAUUGAAUGCGGAAUGGGCAGGUGCGGAGUUUGAAUUAUGUUGGGAAAAAGCACGAAGCAGCCCAACUUCUUCCACUUCUCAUCCAAAGCCCGGUUCUAAACGAAAACGAGUAGAUCAUGAACAACCAGUGGAAAUUGAAAACUUGAGCGAGAGCCAGACGGAAUACGUUUCGAAAUUAAAAAAAUUUAUUUAUUAUUCGAUUCUGAUGAAAACGGAUAGUGGAGCCUUCGAAAAUGUGAACGCAAUUCGUUCGUGUGUUACAGUGGCCAGGAAAGAGUGUGCAAUAACUGCUGCUCAUUGCCUACCUGACGGCCUUCCCGAAGGUUUCCAAUUCGAAAUCUUCGAUCAGGAUGAUAAGUCUGUACUCGUGCAAGUGGAGUAUAUAAACCAAGCUAAUGAUUUCGCAGUUCUUAAAACAGUCACUAAACCAUUUGAAAAUUAUCCACAAGGCUUGGCUUAUCCUGAUGCUGGUAUACCGUACACUCUCCUCGGCUAUCAUGGUUACAAUUAUCAGCCCACUACCUUCUUGAGCGCAUUCUUCGGCCAUAUUAGAAAUAACAGACAUUUUCAUAAUCUUGAAUAUGUUCUCGGCUCUCCAGGAACUACUCGCGGCUGCAGUGGUUCAGGGGUGUUCGAAGGUUUAGCGUUGAUUGGAAUUGUUGUAUCGGGGCGCAUUCCUCCUAGAAAUAUGUAUUCUCGUCAUAUGUCCUUGGCGGACCACGUAGGUGAAGCUUGCACAGAACUAGCCGAGCCGUCAUACAACCAUAUAGUUCCGUGUACAAGGAUUUUUGAUAAUUUUGAAAGUCAUCAGCUAUAUCGCUCUUGCAGUUCAUUAUCAUCGCCACAAGCUCAAUGA